UCCAUCAUACUGGAACCAUAACACCGUGAGAAACAGAACCUGCAGGUUAGGUUUUUUCCAUAGAAGAAGAAAACCUCAGCGUAAAGCCUUAAACCCUUGUUUUCUUCUUUCUCUUUUCCUCUCCAUCCGCGCCACCACCAACCAUCAAUCACCCAGGUUCGAGAUGGGGUUCGUUUCGAAUAAAUCAUGCCGAGUUCGUGUGACUGAUGCUAGUUCAGAAGAAGAGAGUGAUCCAGAAAUGAAUAUGUACGAAGAGGAGGAAGAAGAAGAGGAUACGGAAGAAGAACAAGAAGAGGAGGAGGAAGAAGGAGAGGAUACGGAGGAAGAACAAGAAGGGAAGGAGGAAGAAGGAGGUGAUACGGAAGAAGAACAAGAAGAGGGAGAGGAAGAUGGCGAUGACGAGGAAGAAGAAGAAGAAGAUGAUGAGGAAAGAAUGAAGGCACAGAAAGAUGAUGAGAUGGAAGAACUUGAGAAAUUGGUCCUAGAUAUUUGUCAAGAACAGCAAGAUAUUAUGAAGAAUCUAAAGCAUCACAAAAAUGAGGAUAUUCUGAAAGGUCAAGCCGUAAAGAACCAAAAGGUUCUCUGGGAUAAGACUCUUGAGUUCAGGUUCUUGUUGCAAAAACCUUUUUCUAGCUCAAACAAAUUACCAAAGGAACCCCACAGAUCAUCUUUUUGUGAUUCUGAAAAAGCAACGAAUAAAGCGUAUUUGGACUUGAUAACAUCAUCUGAGCAAACUAUAAAUUGUUUGUUGGAACUACAAGAGGCUUUACUGGAGAAGAGUCCGCAUGUUGUUCAAAAUACAGAUGGCAACACAGGGGAAUCUUCUAAGGAAGCAAAACGAUCAAAGAGUUUGGAUGCAAGGACUGAUGAAGAAUGGCUACCUAUUCAACAAAUGCAUUCGAGAUUCACUUCCUUCAGAAAUAGCUCAAUAGAUAAAUGGCAGAGAAAUGCACAAGUAGGAACCGGUGUGGCUGGGAUUAAAGGAAGAUUACAUGCAUUUAAUCAGAAUAUUAGUGAACAAGUAGCUGCUUACAUGGGGGAUCCAAGCAGAAUGAUUAAAAGCAUGCAGCUAAGGAGAUCUACUGUUGGUACAAUUGUUCCUGAUGUGUGUGAAAAUGGAAAGGAAGAGGAUGCGAACAUGGAUGGAGACCCUGAACUUUUGGAUGACUCUGAAUUUUAUCAGCAACUUCUUAAGGAAUUCUUAGAGUCGUACAACCCAGCCUCAUCCGAGUCGGCAUAUUAUGCUUUAAAGAGAUUGCAGACCAAGAAGAGAAAGAUUGUCGAUCGUCGUGCUUCAAAGUGCCGCAAGAUCAGGUACCAUGUUCAUGAAAGGAUAGUGAAUUUCAUGGCCCCAGAGCCUCAAGAUCUCCCCCCAAUGGCUCCAAAAUUGUUUGAGAACUUAUUUGGACUGAAAAAUUAGAGAGCUUCCUCUGUGGUCUAGUCUUGUCCUUCCUUCUGGGCGCAAACUAAGAACGGUGUAGAGCUCAAUUGUUUGAGGGCUUGUAGAAUUUUGAUAUAUCAAAUGUAAUGAUUUCGGAAGUGUGCUUUAUUUUGACACCUAAUAGAAGAUUUAUGUCUUUUCAUGUAAGAAGCCGGCUGGGUAUCUUAUAGAUAGUAGUAGGUUAGAAUAGUUCUAAAAAUGACAAUAUCCUGGAAUGCCUGCGUUCUAUUUUGUUUCUGUAUUUUUAUAGAGCUGCUAGGUGCCUAAAAGCUCAUGAAACUCUCUAGCUGUCAACUUGACGCCUGACAGCAGGUUUGUUUCAUGUAAUUCACUAAUCAAUCAGGAUUAUGUUGAGUGUUA